AUGGUGUACGGUAGUAUUUACCCGUCUGACCAAGAAGAGGCCAUUCCUGCUGCAGAACGUACAGGGCUGCAACCUUUUUCAUUGCGCUAUGGCGAUGGGGAGGAGAUAUUAUGGAUUGGCAGCUAUCCUACACCAGAGGGUGGAACUAAGGCUGCACAAUAUAAGCAACCAUAUUAUGAUAUGAUUCGACGACGAUUACAACGUCGAACGGAAGUUGAGGAAACGCCAAGAAAACGCCAGAGUGUCGUCCCCGGUGAAAGCGGGAGCGCUAGAGCACCGCAAGCAUCAGCGUUGGAGUCACAAGCAUCGUCGCCUUUACCACUCAAACAGUUUGAGCAACAUCCGAUAAGCAGCAGUAGUGGUGAUGGAACGUCAGUACAACAUAUUGACAUUGUCGAUGAACAGGAAGCAGUCGAAAAAAUUCCAGUGUAUAAGCUAAUAUUUUAUUUCAAAAGACAGAAAUCAGAAGCUUGCGCAGCAAAUGCAGAACUCAUAUUGAGGGACUCGAUAACAAUGGCUGUACGUAGAAGAGUGCAUGUCGUCCGUAAAUCAGCUGUUCCCGCCUUACUUGCCGAUCUUGAGAAGCGGUUUGGGCCCAUGGAUCCGAGCCGGCACUUACAGCUUCUCAAUAUUACAUCUUAUACGGGUGGAUUGACAAAAGUCGAGAACGUUUGGCAGCUAAGCAAUUUUAAACAUAGAUGUCAUGCACAGCCUGUACAGGUGGGUAUCUCAAAAAUCAAAGCGGUUGUUGUAAUUGUCAACAUAUUUAAGGACUUUCCAUGGCUGGAAGUCAGAGAAAUGCCUACGAUCAAAGGACGAGGUGUUUUCGCUAAGGUAGACAUCGCUAAAGGAAUGGCUGUUGCUGAUUAA